AGUGAGUGAGUGAUUGUUCUAUUAAUAAUAGUGAUGGUGAUGCAACAAAUUCGAAAGCAAUUCCGUUUUUGACUGAAAAGUGAAUUUAAUUUUUUCCAUAUUCAUAUCAUCAUCAUCAAUCAUCAUCAGAAUCAGAUUGUUUCAAAUCAUCUAUCUCAAUAAAUUCUUGAUCGAACAAUUCUACAGUUUUUUUUUAUUUUUACACAAUGUUAUUAAGUCCUUUGGCAAGGAAAAUAUUUUCACCAUUGGAUGAUACAUUAUUGACUUAUGAGAAUGAAGGUAAUCGAAAAAUGGAACCCAAAUACUAUGUUCCAAUCAUUCCAAUGGUUUUAGUUAAUGGUGUCGAAGAUAGUACUUCCAUUUUUGAGACUAAUGUUCCUAAAUAUAAUCCACGAGAUAUCGUUGAUAACAUUAGCCGAAUGCUUCGUAAUGAAGAACCUUUGGAAAUGAAUCCAUGGUAUAAAAAUUUCAAAGGUACCGUGGUGAAAGUGGAACCAAUGAAAUAUAUCAUUAGUGGUGAAGUUGCCAAAUUGGAUGAACAAACUAUUGAAAUUACGGAAUUACCAAUUGGCACCUGUAUUGAGGAUUAUAAGAAAACAAUUUUGGAACCAAUGUUACAUGGUACGGAAAAAAGGACUGCACUCAUCAAUGAUUAUCAAGAAUAUCAUACCGAUACCACUGUCAAAUUUGUUGUUAAAAUGAAUAAAAAUGCAUUGGAAAAAGUAAUGCGAGAUGGCAUACAUAAAAAAUUCAAAUUACAAACUUCUCUGUCAAUUUCAUCGAUGAUUUUGUUUGAUCAAAAUGGUGAUAUUCAAAAAUAUGAAUCACCUUUGGAUAUUUUGCGAGAAUUUUUCACUAUUCGUAUGGAUUUCUAUGUUCGACGCAAGAAAUAUUAUGAAGCUAUGUUUGAAGCUGAACUAUUAAAACUUGAAAAUCAAUUACGUUUUAUUUUCGAAUUAGAUGAGAGAAAAAUCAUUACGAAAAAUACUAAGAAAAAAGAAUAUAUAAAGCUUUUGAUUGAACAAAAAUAUGAUUCGGAUCCUGUGAAAGCAUGGCACGACACGACGUCAAAUAAUGAAAAUGAAAACGUUGAAGAUGGUGAUAAAAUGCCUGAAACGGAAGAGGAGAAGAAAUAUGAUUUUGAUUAUCUUAUCGAUAUGGCAAUACGAACAAUGUUAAGAGAAAAUGUUCAAAAAUUAUUCCAAAAACGUGAUGCAAAAAAAUCGGAACUAGAAGAACUUAAACGUUCCACGCCAAAAAUGCUUUGGGAAAAAGAUUUGGAUGCAUUCGUUGAAGAAUAUGAACGUUUAGAAAAAAAUGAACGUGAAAUUCAGAAAAAAUCAGCUGAGAUUUCAAAUUUGGCCGAUAUUUAUAAACCAAGUGUACAUGCUGUUCGUAUUGAACCAAAAAUAGAUUUCGAAAAAUAUCAGUCGAAAAAAGAACGGGUAAAAAAAUCGAAUAAUAAUAAAGAAGAAACAAAAAAUGAUGAUGGCGAUACGAAUGUAAAUUUGGUGGAAUUAUUAAAUAGCCUGUCAACAAAUCUAAACUUACCUUGCUUAUUACGGACAAACAAAUGAUUCAAAAAUGAAAAAAGAUGUUGAAAUUGAGAAAAAGAAAACAGUAGCCGCCACAUCAUCGACUUCAAAUGAAAAACAAAAAUCUAAUGAAUCUGAUAAUGAAAUUGUUGGCAACUCGGCAAAAACUAUUGCAAAUUAAAAAACAAAAAUAUGAAAUUGAUGAUUGAAAAUUUUCAUUUUUACUAUAUUAACUAUAAUCCACCAUUAAUUUACUACUUAUUCAUUCAAUUCAUUCUCAUAAAAUAUAUAUUUCAUUUUUCAAAAAAAAGUGGCAUAAGUCACAUAAAUUAUGAUCAUAGACUAGUAGAUCACUUUCAAUUUUAAUUAUAAUAAAAAAAAUUAAAAAAAUUUGC